CUGGCAGUCGGUCUACGCUCCAAGUGAAUUCCCAUAUUACUACACAGAUACAUGGACAAUUUGCUAGGGCAGACUUUCUUAAAAAAUGUCCAAAAUAUGUGCCGGUUUUUCGCAAGAUAUCGACGGCAAGGUCCGCUACGGCAAGUGAACUCGCGCAGUGUCCCAGGGAUUUAAUUAAAAUCCCACUUGAGCACAGUGGCUGUUUUUCUCAAUUUUUUGAUGAUUCUCGAGUGCAGUGAGUGACAGUUACCUGUAAUAACGGCUUGUGUGACGUUUGUGUGGAUUUUCUGGGAAAAUUCGAAGGCAGUGUUUUGCAAUAAAUAUUACACACACUGAGAUAUAUAAAAUAGCUGAAGUGAAACUCUUGUCUUGAGCCGAGUGUAAUUAUGAAAUGUGAAAUUUUGGGGUUUGAAGAUUGGCAGCACUGGGCGAAGGGAAAAAAUUCCGCGUGCACUUAAAUUUUAAUGAUUAUUGAUAAUAAUGUUGUUGUUUUAUCGUAAUCGGUCGUUCACAUUCGCGUAAAAAUAGACGAGUGCGCAACCGACAUUGUCUUGAAGGCGAUGAUUUUUCCGUUGGUGGUCAUUUUUCGGAAUUCUCCCGUAUUAACGAUCGCAUCUCUCGCUCAACCAUAUUCGGCGGUGAACAACCUAGAGUUCAAUGGCUUGCCGCGCCUCCAAACACAAACCGUCGUACUUUAUGCUGGUUUGAACUAAACAAACCGUAUUAAUGUGCCGCCCUCUCAAAUUUUUUUCAUUCCGUCACUGCAACUUUCAAGUUGGUAGUCCUGUCGUGAUUUUUCGAAAUUUUCUCAAACGUUGUGCGUGUGUCUCCUCUCUCGAGGGGGUCAUUGACUCCGCGCGCAGCCAGAUUUUACUUUGUUGAAUUUACCAAUGACCCCUUGUACGGCGCCUUAUCACACUCCUACUGAGUAAAGACUCAUGUAUGAACCAUCCCAAAUUGAUUAGCACCGACACAGGUUGGGUGCAGAAUGAAGCCGAAACUUUGCGCUUCAUUCUGAUGAGUAAAAACGUGAUCGAUCUUCCUCGUUCGUGUUUUUCUCAGUUUCAGGUGUCUGACGAUGGAAAUCGACGUCGUCAAUAUCGACCUUAAACUAGAUCAUCGAUCCUGCGUGAAAUAAUAGUGAGACAUUUCAUAAUUUUUGUGAGUGGCGAAUUUGGUGGCUGCGGCCAUGCGACGCAUUUCUGGAUUUAUUAUACAAGGUGCAAGUGAUCGAACGUUUUUAGUGUUUUUGUUUUUGUACAAUGGACAAUUUUCAAGAGUUGUUCAGUGGUGGGGAAACUUGGCCGACUGAUUCAAGAGAUAUUAGACUAGAUAAUAUUUCUUCGACGGAUUCAGCAACCCCACCUCCCCAAAUCGACGACAAGGAUGACAAGAAAAGCGCCAAUUCCAUCAGAGCACAAAUCGAGAUAAUCCCGUGCAAAGUAUGUGGGGACAAGAGCAGCGGUGUUCACUAUGGUGUGAUUACAUGUGAGGGAUGUAAGGGGUUUUUCCGAAGAUCACAGAGUUCAGUUGUAAACUAUCAGUGUCCUAGAAAUAAAAACUGUGUUGUCGACAGGGUAAAUAGGAAUCGAUGUCAAUACUGCCGACUGCAGAAAUGUCUUCGACUGGGAAUGAGCCGAGAUGCUGUCAAAUUCGGUCGAAUGUCGAAGAAACAGAGAGAAAAAGUAGAAGACGAAGUCAGAUUUCAUAGGGCACAGUUAAGGGCGCAGAGCGAUUCUGCUCCUGAUAGUUCAGUGUUCGAACAACAAACACCCUCAAGUAGUGAUCAGUUACAUCAUAGUUACAAUGGCGGGUAUACGUACAACAGCGAUGUCAGCGCGUACACCCCCGCCUACUACACGAAUACAACCCAAGUCCAAGCGAAUUCAAUGGGCUAUGACAUCUCCGCAGAUUAUGUGGACAGUACAACGGCGUAUGACCCGAGGCCGGGCCUGGACACACUGAACGACACGGGAAGCUUAAUGGCCAACGUAGUAACAACAGUACAACAAACUAACACAGUUAGGCAACAGACCAGUUCACAAAAUGUACAACAGAGAAGUGGCGACGAUUGUGAACCUGUCACAUUGCCUAAUCCAAGUCAGAUAUCGGAAUUAUUAUCGAAGACAAUAUCAGACGCACAUACACGUACUUGUUUAUAUUCCCUUGAACAUAUUCACGAGAUGUUCAGGAAACCCCAUGAUCUCUCCCGACUUUUGUACUAUAAGAACAUGGCCCAUGAAGAGUUGUGGCUCGAAUGCGCCCAAAAACUCACAACAAUCAUCCAGCAAAUCAUUGAAUUUGCUAAAAUGGUACCUGGAUUCAUGAAAUUGUCCCAAGACGAUCAGAUUGUAUUAUUGAAAGCAGGUAGUUUUGAACUGGCAAUUAUUAGAAUGUCACGUUAUUUGGAUCUGUCCCAAAACUGUGUUCUCUAUGGCGAUACGAUGCUCCCACAAGACGCCUUCUUCACGUCGGAUACGGCGGAAAUGAAGCUGGUCACGUGCGUCUUCGAAGUGUCCAAAAGCAUAGCAGAACUGAAACUUACCGAAACUGAGUUGGCUCUGUAUUCGGCCUGCGUCUUGCUCUCUCCGGAUCGGCCGGGGCUGAAAGGUAUCGGCGAAAUCAGUCGACUUAGCCAAGCCGUUGUGAGAGCUUUAAGACUUGAGCUAGACAGAAACCACAGCAUGCCUAUAAAAGGGGAUGUUACAGUUUGUGAUGCCUUGCUUACAAAAAUACCUACGUUAAGGGAGAUAAGUAUGCUUCACAUGGAUGCAUUAGGAAAACUCAAAAGAUCUGCACCACACCUCGAGUUUCCUGCCCUUCACAAGGAGUUGUUUAGUGUGGACAGUUGAAAAACUUCAGCAGAAUCUUCUGAUCCGUAGCAACAUAGCUACUAUUCCUUCAUACUGAAUGUAUCGGCCUUAAAUACAUAAAUAAUAUAAAGUAUAAUUUCGUUAUAAUGAGAUAAAAUUUAUUGUUGUGACAUAGAAAUAAACAACUGCAGAUCUCUAAGUAUUAUUUAAAAAACUGCAAAAGCUCUUUGAAGCCGGGCCCUGAUUUCAAAGUACAACUUAUUGUUUGUUGUUUGUUAUUAUAUCUACGCAGUGUGUUAUUAUAUGGUUCUGAAUCCUAGGUGCUGAAUAAAAUCGAUUGGUAUAUUUUUUGCGGUUUUUUAAAUGAAAUAUUUACGUAUCGUAAUCUGCCACUUAACGUAACACGCUAAUUACACGUAAGAUUAAAGUUAUACACUAUUGAUAUAUAAUAUAUGACCAACAAGUUAUAAGUCAGUGAAACUCUUCUUUAGUUUUACGUAUUUAAAAAAAAAUAUAUACUUAGACUGCGUUUAUGACAUUAAAUACGUAAGUAUACUGAAAUCACUUUAGUUGGUAGUAAUGAAAUAGUUGGAAUACAAUACAUUAUAAAUAUAGACAAGACUGUAUGCUUACACCGUAGAGUUUUGAACUGGUUUUUAACUUGUUGUUUUUUAGUUAAGUUUUACUUGGUGACACAUGGUUUUAUAAAAAUAUAUAUAAAAGAGAUGUAUAUGUAUAAAGUAUAUGAAAUAGUAUAGAGUAUUUAUGAAAUAGAACUAUAUAUGAUUCUUGUUUUACGAAUUUUGUUUUAUUAUGGAUUCGAACAUAUUUUUUUCCAUGAUAAAAUGAAAAUUUUGCGAUCGUGAUACAGACUUUUUUCAGCUUUUACGAUUUAUAGAUUUGUUAGAUUUGCAAGGAAAUUACACGAACACGGAGAAUAAACUUCGAUCGCAGCUACUUGCCUCUCUUUAUUUAUCUCGGUAUUAAUGUCAAAAAUUAGGUUUGUUUAUGUAAUUUCCCGUCAAAAAUGCCAGAAUGAAUAGUUCUAAUUUUUAAGUUAGUUUUAUCGUGCUUGUACAUGUUAACCAUUGUUAAAUCUCAUUUUAACUUUAGUACUUUCAACCCAGUGUUAUAAAACUAUUUAUGUAAUUAGAAUCUUUGUAGGUGUGAAACAAACCUAACAUCACAUUUUUUAAUAAAAAUUCUUGUAUUAUAGAAAUUUUAUAUUUUAAUAAUAAUUGUAGUUUCUUCCUUUUUGACAAUGGUUAACAUCCAUGAGAGGCUAUUGGUUAUUUUUGUAUUUAACGAACCAUGUAAUUUUAGAAAUAACUAUUUUUUUGGAGAUUACUAUAAAGACAUGGCUGUGUUACAUACAUGAUAACAGUUUUACGAAGUGUAAUUUGCCUUUUUGUGUUAACUUUUUGUUAAAUAAAGAAAUUACAAUCUUCCACAAUAUUUUAUUUUAAAUAUAAUAUUUUUGCAAACAUAUCACUAAUUCCGCGUUAUAUUGUAUUUUCUCAUUGAUAUCUUAUUUAACGUAAAGUUAACAAAUUUGCGAGUUGCAGUUACGUAAAAAUAGCCACUUUUGUAAAUGAGGGUUGGCAGUGGGUAAUGGUAUAGCUAUUGUUAAAUGAUUAUUAUGAAUUAAAAUGUUUAAAAAACAUGUACCUUGGGCUACAAACUGUACAUUAUCUUAAUUUAUUAGAAUUCUUUAUACUGCUGGUGAAAUUUUUUUAGUGUAGAUGUUGCUAACAUUUUGUUUAUAUUAUAUAUAUUAUAUAUAUUUUAUUUCUGUUGGUCUAUGACAAUUAUUACAGUUUGUUAAUAUUUUUGUUAGUAUUUUAUUUUUCCUCCUAAUAAUCUCUUUCUGUAGUUGUAUAGUUUCUCUUCAGCUAAGUGCAAUUUCACAACAAAAAUAUUAUCGAAACGUAAUAAAUUGUUCGCGACACCAGUAGAAAUUAUAUAUAUUUUUUUGUA